AUGGCAUUUUGUGUUGGUAUUAAGAUGCCUAAAUGGUUUACGACACUGCUCGUCCUCGUCCACUGCUUCAAGAUCCUGUUGAUGGUUGCACUUUCCAACCUAGGUCUGCUCAAACCUUCCCAAGAGAUGACCGAGUUGGAAGAGUAUCGUCGUCGACAAACUGACAAUCAUUUUGUUUUGCUGGAUCGUCUGUCCCCGUCGGCAGUCCCCGUCCCGAUCCAUGUUCUAACAGAGUACAUGAAGAGGAAGCUUCCGGUAAUAAAGUUUGAUCAAGUUUUCGAAAAAUACACAAGGCAUGAAAGUCGGGAGACAGGAUGCAGUAUAUGCUUGGAGUGCAUAGAGAGGAGCCAUGAGGUGAGGGAACCUUGGAACUGUGAUCAUUUGUUUCACAGGGAGUGUCUGGAUAGUUGGGUCAAUCAGGGACAGGUAACCUGCCCUUUGUGCAGAUCUCUGUUGUUUCCGGCCAAGAGCGAAAUAACGAGCUGCGGCGGAGGAAGUUCAGGGACGACGGAGAGGGAUGAAGCUUACUUUAGUAGGUUUUUAUGA